CUCUCACUCCCUCUAUCUCUCCCUCCCUCUCACAUACUCACACACAAUCCAUAUGACUGAGUCAAGCUCAGUUUUUAGUUCCUACCAGAGUUGAGAUAAGGCUUUCUGGGAAACGUAGCCUGGUUGGACGGCAUUCCAUUUAGAAAUAGCCAUGUGUGCUCAGCAGCUGGGACUUUCUUUAACGCUCUAAGAAACGUGGAUAUAUAAAGUCAGCCUUGUAAGAUGUCCCUGAUGGCCACAUCUGCCCCCCGGUCCUCUGUGUUUACAUUUGAGUCUACAGUGCAUUCCUCCCAUGUGCUGCGCUGCCUGGACGAGCAGCGUCGCCGAGACUCAAUGUGUGAUGUUACCGUGGUUGUGGAGGGUCAGAGUUUCAGAGCCCAUCGCUCAAUUCUCGCUUCCUGCAGCGAGUACUUUACGCAGAGAAUCUCCUCCCUCACACAGCAUGGAGCGGUCAUCACUCUGCCACAAGAGGUGUCUGUUGCUGGUUUUGAACCCUUGCUGAAGUUUGCCUACACAUCCAAACUUCUCUUUGAGAAAAACGACGUCUUAGAAAUACGUAACUCCGCCUCCAUUCUUGGUUUCAGAGACCUAGACAAGGCAUGCUUUGAUUUCCUCCUCCCUAAGUUCUUCUCCAGCAGCAAGAGCCCUGCCCCUGUUCCGAGAAAGACCUGUUGUAAGAAGAAAUGUAAGAGGCGAUUGUCAAAGGAAGACUGUGCCACUGACUCUGUUGAUGUGUUGUUGGAUGAGAAAGAAGUAAAACCAGUUGCUGACUCACCAACUCAGCAGGAAGUGGCUCGGCACUGUAACAAAUCAGUGAACAGCAAAAUGGGAAGUCAGAACGGUGCAGGCACUCUUACACCUGUAGCUGAAGGGACAAAUGGCCGUUUUAUGCAGUGUCCUAAGUAUCGCAAGUUCCAGCUGGCUUGUGGUAAGGAAACUUGUGUCACAGAGAAAAGUCUGAACAAUCCCGUAACGGUAAUCAAGAAUGACUUUGAUCUUCCCUGCUCGCCCUGCUCCAGCACUGUGAACAGCAAGAGUGACGUUGAAUUCCCUGGUAAUUCAACCUCUAUUUCCACCAGGCAGAGCAAAAGAGGGGCUGAUGAGCCAUGGAAAACUGAAAUACGUGACAGGAAAAAAGGGGACGGUAGGGGAGGGGAGGUUGAUAUGAUUGAGAAAGACACAAAUGAAAGGCAGAGGAAAUGGAAUAAGAAGGAAAGAGAGAUGGAAAAGGAGGAAGACAUCAGCUCUACAGACAGAUCCAGUGUCAAGGUAGUCUCGUCAGGGCGGAGCACAGUGCUGAGUGAGAGGUCAUCAGGGUUAAUGUUGCACCAUUGCCCCCUCACGACCUUUGUCGAGCACCCUGCAAUCACUCGGUCACCGGGGCACGAAAGGUCCGUCAUGGACAGUACAGAGGGCAAGAAAACAAGGGACUCUGGUGCACUAGCGCCAGGGUCCAUUCAUCAAAAGGCAGAUGAUGAGAUAGAUUCUGGCUGGCAAGAAAGACGACAAACUGGCUGCAUGUCGGUAAAUAAUGCCAGAGAUGGGAGCGCCGUGGAAAGGGGAGUGGCCGACCACCUGGCCAAGCAGCUGGGCUCUGACAUGAGCUUAUCUCAGCUGAAUUUCCAGGACCCUGAUGCAGGAAGUUCCUCUGAUACAGGGAGCGGACGGGUACAGAGCACAUCUUUAGAGUGGCUGAAACUCCAUAACCUCAGCUCCACAAGCACAAGCUGUCCCUUUUACCAGGAGCUGGACCAAAGGAAAUGUUUAUGGAAGGGAGCAGAGCUGUCUGAGUGCGAGGGGGCAUCGCAGUCAGGUGUGUCAUCCCUCAACUCAGGGGAGGAUGGAGACUCAGAGACGGAAACAGAAGGAGACAGUGAGUCCUACACAAGAGAGAGGGCCAGACAGGUGCAGCUGCCUUUCUCUGUAGAGUGGAUUGUGGAUCUGAACAGGAAUGACUUCCAACAGCUGCUGAAGCAACAGGUCUUUACACAGGAACAGCUGGAGUUUGUCCACGAUAUAAGACGGCGCAGCAAAAAUCGCCUCGCAGCUCAGCGUUGCCGCAAGAGGAAACUAGACUGCAUACAUGAUCUGCAGUGUGAAAUCAACAAGCUGAAGACAGAGAGGGAGAAACUAAUGAUGGAGAAGAGCCAUUUGAGCCAGCUGAAGUCAACAACAUGUCACAGUGUCUCUGCAUUAUGCCAGAGGGUGUACAACGAAGCCAACCUGCAGCCAGAGCAGCUCCAGGUGUUGGCCCAAUACACCUCCCCGAACUGCCCUCUGUCCUCUUUCUAUCCUCGCACAGAUGCACUCAUUUCACAGCCUCAGCCUUCUAUCUCGGCCUGCUUUGCCGGCCUCGAUAAGCAUAUGGCGUCUGAGGAGGCUUCGUCCAGCUCAAAAAAAGCACACAGUCACAGGUGAUGGUCAACAUUCACUUUAGAUACACACUCAGGGCACGUGCAUGCAACACAUUACUAGUUGUUAAACGGCUCCCACUCUAUCGUAAGAUAUUUAUAGACAUUACCACAGAUUAUGGACUAAGUACAGGCUGCAUAGUAAGGUAACUUGUGAUACAUUUAUAAUAGGGACGUUCAUAAUCAGCACAUAUUCUCAGUAUUUCCUGCUAACUUUUCAAUUUAAAACAUACAACUUAAAUGAAGAGGUCUGGAAUGUGUUCCAGGUAUCCAAAACCAUUCAUUUACUUUUCCACCAAUUAUAAGUCUCUGAUGACCUUCUGUAGCACAUUUUUCACACUUUGCAAAUGGAUUUUUAGACUUUGUUUUUUGGUGAAAGCGGAAUAGUAUCUGCUUACAAAUCAAGUCAGCCAGGGUGCAUGAUGAGAAUGUUAAUAUUUUAGCACUGAGACAAUCACAACUUGAAUCAGAAAACAAAGGGAACAAUGGUCUCUUUAUUUAUAAUUAUGCUUCACUGCUUAAUUACCUCAGGAUAACACACACACACACACGCAACAUAUGUACUUUAAUUGUUUAACAUUUUUAUAAAGGUUCUCAGGUGUUAAUAAGAACAUUCAGCAUACGAUACCUCUUGCAGACAGUGCUGGCUCUCUUUUUAGUGUGCAACACAAGCCAGCAUUUUGCACUAAAACCAUACAACACAGCAAACAUAAUGUGGCACGUUUACCUUCUCGUCAUAUGUCUGGCAAAGAUAUUUCAGACUGUCAUUGUGGUCGUCUGACCACAGUGACACAGCUCUCCUUGGCUAUGCACCGCUCGCUGAGCUUGGCUUUGACUCACUGUAACAGACCUCACGAAUUUGCCUAAAAUGUUUAAAGUGCUGUUUGAAUAAAGUGUACCUUAGCAGAGCUUUUAUGCUAAACAUGAACAAAGCAGCUACACUUUUAGGAGCUGCCUCACUCAGUGUGAUGAAAAUCAUUCCCAUCAUUUGUCCCACAUUAUGUGUCUGCCCUGUAUUGUGGCAGGUAUUGAACUCUUUUUAUAUAUGCUAUGGAAAUAUUGUGUGUUACCCAGCACAACUUGAUUAUCUUUAACACCCUUAAUUAAAUUCCUGUCAAGGGUCAAGCGAACUAUGUAGCAUUACCAUGCAGUACAAGCAUAUUGAUGUGUAUAUUGUGUGUCUCCUGUACUAUCAACACCACAGUUAUGUUUAUUAAUUCUUUACUCCAUGUUUUGUACUUCUUUUGACUUUCACCUAUACCUUUCACCUAGUUUAUCCCUGCAUAUGGUAGUUCUUUGACACUCAGGACUCAUUACAGAAAACCACUUUGCAACCUCCUCGUAAUCAAGUUUCGCUGUAUUAUAUAUGCAUAUAUGUAUAGAUUUCUUUACACCCGUGACAAUCACAACUGUGCAGCUGGUCUUACAUUAUUUGUGUAAAUAUGAAAAUCAGUUAUACGUUGAUUUUAUGAGGACAUUUUGAGUAACCACAUUGUAUUUUUGAGGACAGUGGGGUUUGAGCAUGUUAUUGAUGGUUAAUGACAUAAGGAGUUGUUUUUUCUCCCACCAAGCCGAUUGCAGACUGCUCAGCCAAAGUGUAAUGCAUGAUAAAGCUGGUGCUUAUUGCCCUCUAGUGGCAGCGCCUGUGCAGUCAACAGACUGAGAGCUGUAUAGACGUGUACUACGAUGUGUCUGCAGCACACAUUGCUCUACGACUGCAUUAUUUUAUUUUUAUUGCAUAAAAAGGACUGUAUCUUUCUAUCAUAAUGUCAAAGUGGAUUCCUGCAUUUAUUGAAGCAAAAGGGAAAAAUAACCAACAUUGAAAACAGAAAAUAAAAAGCUCCAAACAGUAAAAGAUGUUUACUAUCAUCCCUCAGUUGUGAAGAUAAGUCUUAGUGCAAUGCAUUACACUAUAUUAUAUAUAUAAAAAAAGAAACACAACAGUAAGGUUAAUGAGAUGUAAAAUCGGUCAGUGUUCAGUUUGAGGGAUAGCUCAGUUCAUAAGGUUUUCAGAAGACUCAUCUUUCAACUUGGACAGAUAUAUUAAUGAUUGAAUACUGCACUUAGUCUUUCAUGUUUCUCCCUCCUGAAUCUCAUUCACCCUCUCCCACAUACCCUCAUCUCUGUUACCUUUUAAGUUUCCUUUUCUUUUCACUAUUUCCUUUAGUCCUCCUCUCCCCCUCUGUCUGUCUCUGGAGGCUAUUUUAAUUAUGCAGAGACUACAAUUUCAUCCCUCAAUUUUCUUUUAUGUGAGCAAACAUAAUAGCUCCCCAGAUGAUUAUGAAACUAUACAAAGACCUGUGAAUCACAGCAUGCUGGUCAUUCUCACUAGCUAUUCAUGAACUUAUAAAGAGAGAAUUAAAGGAAGACCCCGGGUGGCUAAGGUCAAGCAGGUCAACUUGGCCUAAUAGGUUUUGGCACCGGGGAGUGGGAACCAAGAGUCACUGAGGUCC